GCGUCCUUAGCGAUCCAGCCCAUAUCCCUCACACCACUGACGCUGGAAACCAGAUUCAGGUUACAAGAACUCCAUUUUGUUUCAAUCAGAGCAACUACCUUCGCCUUGCUUCUACCGAUGAUUCUUUUAAUUCUACUACGCUUAUCAGAAUCACCCAGCCCCCUAACGUUCCACACUAAGAAAGACAUACCCAUUAGACUUCUGGGGCAGUGUUGGCCAACCCUUUAGAAAUGAUUCUCCUUCGCGACCCUUUUGGUUGAGAUGCAUGAUUAUGUUUGAUGGUAUGUGCUUUGGGUGAAUUAUGACUUGAAGUGAAUGGUUAUUACUUACUUUGAAAUUGUCCUGAGUAUAAAUUAUGGUUAAAGUUUAAGAAACAAGUUCUUUUUAAGAAGUAACUCACCUUCAAGAAGGUGAAGUCGUUUUAAGUGUUAGUCACUAGCGCCAGUCCGUUGCCUUUUGAGACAGUUGGAGAUAGAGCAAAAGUUAUGCUCUUGAGACUUUUAAGAUGAGCAUCAGUUAUGCUCUUGAGAAUCGUGGUGAAGAGCCACCAUGAUAAGUUUAAGAUGUUAGGGGGAUGAAUCGUUACGACUUCCCUAACUAAGUUUAAGGAAAGCCUAUAUGGCUUCUCAUACGUAUGAGUUGGAAACCGGACUAGCUAGUGAGGGAUCCCAGUGUCAGUCAAGUAUUUAAGUUGAGGUUUAAGUUUUAAGAAUGGAGAGUAACAGUUCCUCCCGUACAGUUUUAAGAUUUAAGAUUUUUAAGAAUGGAAGUACAAACAACUUCCAUCAGUUGAGUUUAAGUGUAUGAGAAGAAGUGCAAAAUUAUUAGAAAGUUUAAAACGUAAGGGCGUAGACUGACCUCAACUCACUCACCAGGCCUUAGUAAGGGAAUGAGUGAGAACUAGAUCGGUAGCAGCUAGCUAGAGGAGCAGUUAGAAAGCAGCGAGUUCGAGAGGAAAAGUUCGAGAGCAACCAGCUAGAGGAGGGCAGUGCAAGCGUCACAGAGGAUGUUUAGUCAAAGUUUUCAGUAGCAACAACUUUAGAGAUUAUUCGUUAUUUACAUUUGUGAUUAUGAGUAUAGACUGGAGAUCAGAUUGAGAUUUUAAAGUUUGAGUUUAAUUUGCCCACGUGUUAGGGCUUUGCUUUGAACUACAAGUGUGUGUUUUCAGUAUUUUAUUUAUGAAGAUUUUUCCCGCUGCAAUUUAAGAUUUACGUAUUUUAUUUAUCAAGGGCAUUUUAGUAAAGGUAGUACCCGGCCGGGUUAGGGUGUUACAGUUGCCAACUUGAGGAUGUGUUUUUAAGGACACAAAUAAAGCUUCCGUCAUCCCUUAACUUCAUUGAUCCUCCACACAAGCUGAGGCAUAGUAGCUUCUAAGCUCUUGCCCGCCCAAUAAAGGUAUAGUUCUAAAAGAACUCUCUGCCACAAGAAAAGUCUAGGAAAAAAAAGUCGGUUGCAAUGGAAGAAAAUUUGAUAAACAGAAAAAUAGUAUGAGUAUGAAUAAGACAAUGUGCUUAAGGAAAUGUCAAGUUGGUGGUAGAAAGCGUUCAAAACUUAAAUGUUUAUCCAAAACUUCACCCUAUCAUUUUGAGACUCUAAUGCACAGUUAGUAGUUGAUGCUUUGAUUAAGUGGCAUGAUAUUCUUGCAUAUUUAUGUGGUUAGGAUUAUCUCGUGCUAUUGUUUACCUCUUAAAUGGCUUAUGAUCCACUACCAAAGAUCAAGGUCGAGUGAUUGUUCCUAGGCUUCAUUGAGUUGUAUGGUUAUGAGUAAUGUUGCUUGGGGACAAGCAAAGUUGAAGUGCGGGGUAUUUCUGAUAACACUUUAUUUAUCGUGUUUAUCACUCUCAUUCUUGAUAAAUUUUUCCCUUCUAUCAAUGCAUUUUUAGUUCUUUCACUUGAAUUUCAUAUUUAAAUCAUAACUAUUUGAUCAAUGAGACUGUAAUAGACUUAGAGUGUGUUUUUGUACUCUUCGAUGCCUUAUUGGUAUGUUUUUUUAAUGGUUUUCAAGGUUAAACCAAUAUAAGGAAACUUGGAUCAAGCAUUAGAAAACUUUGGAGGACCAAAAGAGCUAUAAAGAGAAGAAUAUGGAGUUUUUAUGAUAAAGACGAGGUCCAACAACAGAGAAGCCUAAUAGUAAUACUAUUUAAGUCGAAAAAGCCUUAAGGAGGAAAACAUGGUCAAAACGUGUCCAAAUAUUUCGAAUGGGUUAUCCAUGGGCCAAGAGGCCAUCCCAUGAAGAAGAAGGGCGACAGUCUCAACCCCCGCACUACCGCUGCUAAAAGACCCAACUCUGAAACAAGACCUUUAGGCCCUUACUUCAGUCAUAAGUAAAAGAAAAAUUUUCAUAGAUGGUUUGUGAGGGUUUUGGCCAAGUUUUGCCCCUAUAAAUAAAGGGAUACGCUCAUUAGUUCAGUAGGCUUCACAACUACAUUCACUUCUAUAUACUCUUCUCGAGUAAGAGCUUAACUUUCGUAGAAGAGGGUGCAACUAAGGAUAUGCUUUCAUUUGCAUACUAUACAUCUAACCCUAGAGAAUCGGGCUCCCCUUAGUUUAGGGAACAUAAUCAACAAUCUAUUUUAAAAAUAAAAUCGACCAACGAAUAAAGCAAGGAAUAGCUUUUCCGAAUUCUAGCAGAGACGACUCUUUUAGUUGUCCAUGACCAGUAGUCUGCAGCUCUACGGACGGAACACAUGGUAUCUAGGUGCAAUGCUUAAUCCCCCAAGAUAUCGACAACCCAACGUCCUACUCCAAGUCUCCUGGUCUCUUUGAUUUUAGAAUCUCAAUCACUGUCUGGUCAGGAAAGACAACCCUUUCCCUCGACGUAAUUAAAAAACUCCCUCCAUGUCGAGCUAGAAUCGACAUCCUGUUUGAUACUUAUAACAAUAACAAAACAUUGUAAAUUGUUAGAAAUUGAAUAGAAAAAUUAUAAUUACUGAUUUAGUUGUGUCGCGGAUUAGGACACUCUCUUUAAAAUGUUCGUGACACUGCUUCUUAUUGCUUACAAAAGACUAUAAGCCGAUCGCCUCCAUGAUACAACAACCACUCCUUCGGUUUGCUCAGCGAUUUUGUGAGAAAACUAGAGCGCUCUCUCUCUCUCUCUCUCUCUCUCUCUCGUGUUUUUGCUCUUCGAAUUGCGUUUAGAGGGUCUUGGGAUUGCUCUAUUUAUAGGAGCAAAAACCCAGAAGAUUUCUUCUUUCGGUAGAAUAAGCCACAUUGAAUUAGAAAAAUAAUUACUCCAUGAUUAAAAUGUAUCAUAGUAAGAUAAUUAUUCUAUUUAUUAAUUAUUCUUUAUUAUAGUACUUGUCUUGAUUGCAGUAGCAUAGUAUAAAUAGAAAGGGUAUGAGAAACCGAGUUCCUUCGAGAGUUUCCAAUCCUCCGCUCAACACAUCUUCACCAGUGGCAGAGGCAAGAUUUGAAAUUACUCUUGUCCUCUUUUAAGAAGAUAAAUAUAUAAUAAAUCUAAUUAAAACUAAUAAUAUUCAAAUAAUUCAUUCAUAUUUAGCUCAAGUUAAUAAUAAUCUUUCUACACUUACAUUUGCAACUAGUAGAAUCAAAACUAGUUUUAGAAACAAAUAAACUUACGGAUAUGACUGAUGCACUUUUGUCUCUAUCAUUAUUCGAGAUAUUUCAUCAAUUCAUGAAAUCUCAUAACAUCAUGGUAAUACCCGACAAGCUGUUGCCAAAUAAUAGUAUAUGAAUGAAACAAAUAGAUUAAUUACUUUUUUUUGUUAAUUAUUAAAUAAGUAAUGAUCAGUUGUGGUGUAGUGACAAAAUGUCCUUACGUUACUGGUGUUAGGUUGUGGAGUUUUUUUUCCGUCGCAAAUAUUAAGGGCUUGGAAUUCGGGACUUAGAGCUUCAUAAUCAGGCGCUCCACCAUAAAUUGCAGUGGCCGUUUGCGGAAGAGAGAGGUAGCUGGUGGAGGGAGAUUAUAGCAACAAAGUAUCCUAAUCCUGUCUUAGAAUGGGUGGCUGGGGAACUCGAGGAAAGGUCGGCAGUAGCAUUUGGCAACAAAUUAUGAAGCUUCAGAAGGACUUCUGGAAAUUGGCAUAUAUUGAUCAUGGGGCUGGAUACUGGACAUCAUUCUGGUUUGACACUUGGAUCAGACGUACCCGCUUGGCAGAUGAAUUUUCGCGAGUACAGGCCGCAGCGGAGUCCUAGAGUGCUAGAGUUGCUGAGCACCUUGUCGAACAGGGAGUUGUAACCCAGUGUGACAUUCCUCUCAAAUUUUUACUUCGGGGUGGGGCAGAGAGAGAGCGUGUGAGAUUAUUUGAGCUUUUGGUUUCCCUUCCUUCUUCAUUUGUUACAGGUCCUGAAAAAAUAGUUUGGCUCGCGGAGCCGAGGGCUGGCUGCACUGUUCACUCGCCUUAUGAGCAGCUCGCAGCGGCAAGAUUCCCAGGCAGCGAUGACUUUCCGGCGAAGGUGAUUUGGCAAGCUGUAGUGCCAAACAAAGUUUGCAUCUUUCUGUGGUUGGUUUUUCAUAAGAGAAUCCUCACCCUUGAUAAUCUAAAGAAGAAGGGAGUUAGCCAACCCAACCGAUGUGAUUUGUGCAAGGAAGAAGAAGAAUCGACAAAUCACAUUUUUAUCAAAUGCAAGUUUUCUAGUGAAGUGUGGAACAUUCUGAAGUAUUUCAUUAAGAUCGAAGGAGUCAGAACCAAUGCGGUGGAUAUCACGAAAAGAAUCAGACUUUGGCGCCAUGAGGAAUCUAAGGAACCAGGCCAAUGGUGCUCGAGGGUUGUGAUUCAUGCAGUCUACUGGGUUAUAUGGUUAGAAAGGAACAUGAGAAUCUUUGAUGACACAGAAACGAAGGCCCACCAGGUUGAUCUCCGAAUGGCGAUGACUUUGCUAAAAGAGUUAAAAUGUAGACUUUUCCCAAGUUAGACUUAGCAUUAGUGGUAAUCUGAGUUGCCGUCCCUCAGCACUGUUAGUUGGGGUUUUAAACGGUGGAAGAUGCUCUCGCGAUUUCUUGUUCUGCUCCUCCUCCCUUCCACUCUUUUCUUUCAUUGUUGCACCUUGCCAUUUUAAUUUUGUCUUUCUAAUAAUACUAUAUAUUUCAAUAAUAUAUAUAUAUAUAUAUACCAUAUAGGUGGCUACUUCGGCGCACUCACUUUUUUGGGUGUACUCAGUGCACCCAACUCUAAAAGUGUCCAUAAUACAUCAAAUUUUGAACUUGAAUUAGUACUCUCGAUCUAAUAUGAUGAUAUGACAUAGAAUCAUAACAAAUAAAUCUAUUACCCUAACCCAUUAACCUUCAAUUUUGAAUCCCAACCCAAAAUCCCAAAUUGUAAACCUAAACCCUAACCCUAAAUCCCUAAAUCCUAAAUCCUUUGAAUUUAAGUAAAUUUUGAAUGAUUUUUUUCCAAAUUCAUGUGCUUCUUGUUCAUAAUAUCAUAAGCAACAAUUGAUACUGUUUUGACAUGAAUCGCAUGCUCAGAAUGAUAAUUAUGAGGCGGGUGCACUGAGUACACCCAAAAAAGUGGGUGCACCGAAUACGCCACUAUAUAUAUAUAUAUAUAUAUAUAUAUAUUAACCCGUGACGAGCAAUAUGGGAUGGCUCCGCGCCUAUGGGCUAUGGUCACAGUCUCACAGACACGAAGCACGGACGCAUCAAAUAGUAGGAAGUGAAUGGUAGCUUUUCUUUUUCUUUUCCUUGUUUAAUAAAGGAAUGGCUGGCAAUUCAUGCUCGCAAACAGACAAACACCAGUUAUUGCAUAUAUGUGGUGAUGGAGAUUGGAGACUAUUUGUUUGCACUGAAAACUCCACCGCAAAUAUUUGCCAAAGGCCUUGUGAUCAGUGGAUAAGGUUAGCUGGGCAGCCAUGAAUAUGGUAGCAGCAUUCGCAGGGUUUGCGAUAGCUUGUUCGGUCGCAUUUACCCUUCACGUAUUCUUCUUCUCCCCCAUUUCUCCCGACGCACUCCACCUCCCUUCUCCCUCUUCCAUUCCUUCCAACAAAGAGUUACAGAAUGUGAGGAGGGUAGGGGAGGAGGGCGUGAUUGAAGGGCCAGAGGAUCUUUUUGUGGACAAGGGUGGCGUCGUCCACACAAUAGGAAGAGAUGGCUGGAUCAGAAGGAUGCAAAUCCAUGUAGAUGGGUGUUGGGAAAGAUGGAAGCAGAUUCACAGCUCCUCUGCGCUGGGUAUCACACCUUCCAACCACGCUACUGCUGGAGUUCUUAUUGCCGAUGCUCAAUUGGGUUUGGUUAAGGUUACUGAGGCUGGCUCAACUGUUCUUGCAUCCCACAGAGUUGAUGGGUCCGAGAUUAGGUUUGCAGAUGAGGUGGUAGAGUCGGGUGAUGGGAGCGUGUAUAUCAGUGUUCCAUCCACCAAAUUUGGGUACCACAACUGGUAUCUGGACGUAUUGGAGGCAAAACCCAACGGCCAGAUCCUCAAGUACGAUCCUUUGACUGGCCGGACCACCGUUCUGCUGGACCACCUGUGCUUCCCCAACGGGGUAGUGCUGCCCAAAGAAGAAGACUGCCUCAUCUUCUGCGAGACAUGGAAAUUUCGAUGCCAAAAGUACUGGCUAACCGGGGCACGAAAAGGGACUACUGAAAUAUUUGUGGACAACCUCCCUGGUGGCCCUGAUAACAUUCAUUUGGCUCCCGACGGCUCAUUCUGGAUUGGUCUAAUACAGGUAGUUUCGCCGGGGCAUGAGUUCGUGCACACUUCAAAGCUACUCAAGCACUUGGUGGCAUCGACUCCUCGGUUACUCGGACUCGUCUCCCGAGCGCCGACAACAAAGGCUAGAGUUGUCAAGGUGGGAGCAGAUGGAAGGAUCAUCAAGAUGCUCGAAGAUCCCGACGGUAAACUGAUGAGCUUUGUCACCACUGCGUUUGAGUUUGAGGGUCAUCUCUACUUAGGAAGCCUCGCCAAUAACUUCCUUGGUAAAUUGGCUCUUAACGUCACCAAAUAAUAAGAGCAAGACCAUCCCAUAGUCUAGUGCCAAUUGGUGCUACAUUUGGUUGCCUCCAGAAAAAGGGAUUUUUUGUUCCAAUAUAAUGGGGAGAAUCAAAGUCACAUAUCCAUCAAUUUUAGUGUGUUUGAUACAAUCUAGUUUAGAGUAGAAUUCACCAUAUUAUAACUCAUUUCAGAUUUUAUAUUUUGGUAUUAAUGAUUAAUUAAGACAAACAUUUUGA